ACGGUGAAGAACAGUAACGAUUCCCUGGAGAUCUGCCGAGUCCUUAACGGAAUGUGGCAAACGAGCGGCGGGUGGGGCAGAAUCAACCGAGAUGACGCCGUCGAAGCCAUGCUUCAAUACGCCGACGCCGGCCUCUCCACCUUCGACAUGGCCGACCACUCUUUACUGUUUUCUUCCUCCGGCAAAAAUGGCAGCAUCCCUGCACCAUCCCUUUAACAACCUCAGCUUCAAAUCAUUCAAAACUGAAACAAGAAUCGGUUCUAAAUCGAAAAAGCUCGGAUGGAAGCCAUUCCGCUGCGAGCAGGAUGUGGAAAAUAGGCGAGCUCUGGUGAAGAAUGGGAAGGAUUCCUUGGAUAUAUGCCGGGUUGUGAAUGGGAUGUGGCAGACCAGUGGUGGUUGGGGAAGUAUCGACCAGGACAAUGCUGCUGAUACAAUGCUUCGAUACGCCGAUGCCGGACUAACCACAUUCGACAUGGCCGAUAUCUAUGGACCUGCAGAAGAUCUGUAUGGGAUUUUUAUCAACAGAGUCCGCCGGGAACGCCCACCUGAGUUACUCGAUCAAAUCCGAGGCCUUACGAAGUGGGUGCCACCUCCCGUUAAGAUGACAAGUAGCUAUGUCCGAGAGAGUAUAAACGUUUCACGGAAGAGAAUGGAUGUUGAUUGUUUAGACAUGCUUCAGUUUCAUUGGUGGGAUUACUCCAACCCUGGCUACCUUGAUGCACUUAAACACCUUACAGAUCUGAAAGAAGAAGGUAAAAUUAAGACAGUGGCUUUGACAAACUUCGAUACUGAGAGAUUGCAAAUAAUCCUGGAAAAUGGGAUUCCAGUUGUUAGCAAUCAGGUGCAACACUCUAUUGUUGACAUGCGUCCCCAACAAAAAAUGGCAGAACUUUGUCAGCUUACAGGAGUUAAACUGAUAACGUAUGGAACAGUGAUGGGUGGUCUAUUGUCUGAGAAGUUCCUUGAUACAAACUUAGCCAUUCCUUUUGCUGGUCCCCCAUUAAACACUCCCUCCCUCCAGAAGUACAAAAGGAUGGUAGAUGCUUGGGGAGGUUGGAGUCUAUUCCAAGCUUUGCUUCAAACACUAAAGAAGAUAGCUUCCAAACAUGGGGUCACAAUCCCAACUGUGGCUGUGAGGUACAUACUAGAUCAGCCAGACGUGGCAGGAUCAAUGAUAGGUGUUAGACUUGGUCUGUCGGAACAUAUUCAGGACUCCAAUGCUAUAUUUUCACUUACUCUUGACAAUGAUGAUGUAAACAGCAUUCAAGAAAUAUCAAAGAGAGGAAAAGAUCUUCUGAGAGUCAUUGGUGACUGUGGAGAUGAAUAUAGGCGUGCAUGAACUUUUCUUAUAAAAAAACAUCAAAAUUUGGUAUUUUAGAAUUUGUAUACAGCAUUAAUAAGUGAUUGAGAAACAUUAGCCCUUUUAUCUCACUCAAAGAUGUAUGGGACAAUGCAAAGGACUAGAGAAAUUGAGGGCUAAUGCAAAUUUAUUUGCACUAAUGCAAACCUGUGGUAAUGCAAAUGAUUUGGAUGCAA